AUGGGCUACAAAUCUGCUAUUAAUUCAACUGAGAAUUUAGCAAAGGCUGUAGCUAGAUUACCUCAUCACUUUCGCAAUCAGUUUUACAAAUUUUCGAAAGGCAAAAUUACGAAUCAGGAACAGAAUAAGAUUAAAAAAGGAAAGGAGUCGAAGAGAGAUGAGAAAAGAGUGAGAACAUUUGCAACAGGUGCAGGUAGUGAACGCAGUACGAAGUGUUGGAUUUGUUCAGAAAAUCAUUUUGUUUUUAAGUGCAGAGAAUUCGAAUCAAAACCGAUGGCAGAUCGUAGGAAGUUUGUUUUAGAAAAGGGACUUUGCUUCAAUUGUCUUUCACCUUCUCACAAAAUAAAAUGUAAAUCUAGGAAGAGGUGUCGAGAAGAUAAAUGUGGAAAACGUCACCACACCCUGCUGAAUUUAGGAACGCCACAACAAAAUGAAAAUGAAGAUACAAAGAAUGAACCUGAGAAGUUUAAAUCAAAAAUCGUAUCAUUUAAUGUUCACCCUACCAAUCUAAAAGAAGAAAUCAGAAUCGAAAAAGCAUGGGUUGUACCAGAUCUUAACACUCCUACUAAAAAACGAAACAUCGCAGAUUUAAAAGAAAAAUAUGUUCAUUUAAAAGACAUCGAUAUACCAACCUUACACGACGACAGAGUAACAGUACUUAUUGGAAUUGAUACACCAUCACUUCAUAUUCAACACGAUUAUCGAGUAGGAAAACACAACGAACCAGUAGCUGUUAAAACGCAACUUGGUUGGAUCCUAUUUGGUGGGAAAAAUAAAAACAUAUUUACCAAUAUUAAUCGAUUAGAAACUGAUACGUAUGAUCUCACUAAAGCAGUAGAAAGAUUUUGGGAAAUCGAGUCAUAUGGAACAAAGCCUCCACUCCAUCCAGACCUACUAACGAAAGACGAAAAACAUGCGUCACACAUACUUAAGUCGACCACGAAAAUAAAAGACGGUCAUUUUGAAGUAGGUUUAUUGUGGAAAGAUGAGAAACCAAAAUUACCAUACAACAGGGAAUUAGCAGUCCAACGUCUGAAAUCUAACGAAAGAAAACUGAGCAAGCAAUCAAUUUUAGCAGAAAAUUACAGAUUACAAGUCAAGGAAUAUAUCGCUCUUGGACAUGCGAGAAAGCUUUCAGACUUUGAGAAAAACCAAACAUCCAAUAUCACCAACUACAUACCACAUCAUGGUGUUGUCCAUCCUAACAAGCCUGCAAAAGUUCGUGUAGUCUUUGACGCAGCUGCAAAGUACAAAGGUUUCUUUUAUCGAACAGAAACCUGUUUUUCAUAA